AUGAGAAGAAAUAACACAAAUGUGCCUGACUUCCUCCUUAUGGGGUUGACAGAUGCAGGAGAGAUCCAGCUGGUCCUCUUUGUGUUAUUUCUGCUUAUCUACUUGAUGACGAUGCUGGGAAACGUAGGGAUGACAUUGAUAAUCCAGCUGGACCCGCAACUUCACACCCCCAUGUAUUUUUUCCUCUCUCACCUGUCAUUUUUGGACCUCAGUUACUCAAAUGUCAUCACGCCAAAAACUUUACAGAACUUACAGACUUCUAACACUCACAUUUCAUUCAUAGGUUGCUUCACCCAAACAUACUUUUUUAUCCUCUUGGCUGCUACGGAAUGUUUUCUCCUUUCCUCCAUGGCUGUUGAUCGCUAUGUCGCGAUCUGCAACCCAUUACACUACCCACUUAUUAUGUCCCCAAGAGUCUGCCAUGCCCUUGUCGCUGUGUCCUACUUGAUUGGUUUUAUAGAUUCCUCUUUCUCCGUGCUUUUCAUGAGCAAACUGCACUUCUGUGACUCCAAUGUCAUCCGUCACUUUUUCUGUGACACAUUCCCAAUUCUAGCCCUGUCCUGCACUGACACACAUGAGACCGAAAUCAUCAUAUUCACUUGUGCCGUUUCCACUUUAAUGGUGUCCCUUAUCACAAUAGCUGUGUCCUAUGCGUCCAUCCUCUCUACUAUCCUGAAAAUUAAUUCCACUUCUGGAAAGAAAAAAGCUUUCUCUACCUGUGCCUCCCAUCUCCUGGGAGUCACUGUAUUUUAUGGCACUAUGAUUUUUACUUAUUUAAAACCGAGUAAGUCCUACUCCUUGGGAAAGGAUCAAGUGGCUUCUGUUUUUUAUACGAUUGUGAUCCCCAUGCUCAAUCCACUUAUUUAUAGUCUACGGAACAAAGAAGUUAAGAACGCUCUUCUUCGGGUCAUGCACAAGAAAGAUACCUCCAUGUAA